UCGGUAUGAACGCGUCGUGUUGCAUGGGGAGCGCUGAAAUUUAAACAUUUCCCAAACGCGUGAAAAUUAGUACAGAACGCCAUAAUCACAGGCCUGUUGCGAUAUUCUGUUGUUUAUGCUUGGCGAACGUCUAUAAAAAUUUGCAUUUGCCCAACAAUACAAGCGAACAGGCAGUUGCAUUCUUGCAUUUGUCUUCUUUAAUUCUGUACAUAAGCGAAAAGAUUGAUUGAACUGGAACAAUAAAAAUUUGAAUAAAAUGCUGAAAUUUAUACGCGGCAAAGGUCAACAGCCUUCGGCAGAACGACAGCGUUUACAAAAGGAACUAUUUGGCUAUCGCAAGACUGCCCAACAUGGUUUUCCACACAAACCGUCGGCAUUGGCUUACGAUCCUGUCUCGCGGCUCAUGGCCAUUGGCACACAAACAGGCGCCAUUAAGGUGUUCGGCCAGCCCGGUGUAGAGUUCUAUGGUCAGCACACAUUGGUUAACAAUUCGGCAGCUGAGCUCAAUGUACAAUUGUUGGAAUGGGUCUAUGGAACGGGUCGUGUCCUCUCACUGACCGCAGCCAAUCAGCUAAUACUGUGGGAGCCGGCCGGCACCACUCUGGUGCCCAUCAAGACGCUGCCUUUCGAUGGCAAACUGAAGAAGGUGUCCUCUUUGUGUUGUUCACUAAACAAGGAUUUGGUGUGGAUUGGUACCGAGGGUGGCAACAUCUAUCAAUUUGAUUUGAAGUCGUUCAGUGUGCGCGAGCCCGUGAUUUAUCACGAUGUGGUGCUGGAACAGGUGCCACCCUCCUACAAACUGAAUCCGGGGGCCAUUGAGUCGAUACGUCAGCUGCCAAAUGCUCUAAACAAGCUGUUGAUUGCCUACAAUAGGGGACUGUGUGUGCUGUGGGACUUGGAGACGUCCGCAGUGGAACGUGCCUUCAUUGCUCCCGGACAUGGACAGAGCGUGGGUCUGUAUGUGAACUCCACCGGUUCCGAGUUCAAUUGGUAUCAUGCGGACGGCUCGUACGCCACUUGGAGCAUUACAAGCGGUGAGCCGCCUAAGAACGUUAAUUAUGUGCCCUAUGGGCCGGAUCCGUGCAAGAGUAUAAAUCGUCUCUACCAAGGAAAGAGGGGCAACAAUGAUGUCAUCGUUUUCUCCGGCGGCAUGCCGCGCUCCGCUUAUGGUGACCACAACUGCGUCUCGGUGCAUGGCAGCGAUGGCAAAAAGGUGUGUCUGGACUUCACAUCCAAGGUGAUUGACUUCUUUGUCACCUACAAGAAGGAGAACAGCGAGGCCGUGCAAGUUCUCAUAGUGUUGCUGGAGGAGGAACUGUGCGCAUACGAUCUCACCGAUCCCCAAGUGUCUGCCAUCAAGGCACCCUAUCUACAUUCUGUGCAUGCCUCAGCCGUAACGUGCAACUAUCUGGCCUCUCAGGUCAGCCAGUCGGUGUAUGAACGAAUUUUGCGUGCUGGCGACGAGCAGGACAUCGAGUACAGUAGCAUAGAUUGGCCCAUAAUGGGAGGCGUAUUGCCUGAGGAACCAGCACUGUCGGAUGAGUCGGAGGAGGCGGUCAAGGAAUACGAGAUUCUCUUGACCGGCCAUGAGGAUGGUUCGGUUAAGUUCUGGGACUGCACCGGAGUGGUGCUUAAGCCCAUUUACAACUUCAAGACAGCCAGCGUAUUUGGGCACGAGAAUCAGGAUGACUUUCCAGCCGACACCAGCGCCGAGCAGGUGGACGAAAGCGAGCCACCAUUCCGUAAGGCGGGUCUCUUUGAUCCCUAUUCCGAUGACCCGCGUUUGGCCGUAAAAAAGAUUGCUCUAUGCCCCGAAACUGGACAGCUAAUUGUGGGUGGCACCGCUGGCCAGAUCGUUAUUGCCGAUUUCGAGGGCGAUGCAGUGGAGCGUAAUGCUUUGAAAUUUAGUUCCAUGAACUUGGUGAGCGAUCGCGAUGGCUUCGUAUGGAAGGGGCAUGAUCAGUUGAAUGUGCGCGCCCAGCUGCUUGAGGAAGAUGCCCAGCCGGUGGGCGAGCAUGGUGUGAACAUUACUGGUGUCCUGCAGGUGCUACCACCAGCCAGCAUCACCUGCCUGGCCCUGCAGGCCCACUGGGGUGUGGUGUCGGGCGGCACAGCUCACGGCCUGGUGCUGUUCGAUUUCAAAAACUUUGUGCCGGUAUUUCAUCGGUGUACCCUCAAUCCGAAUGACCUGACGGGUGCUGGCGAGCAGCUAUCGCGACGCAAAUCGUUUAAGAAAUCACUGCGCGAAUCGUUCCGCAAGCUGCGCAAGGGACGCUCCACACGCAACAAUCCAAGCAAUCAGGUGCCCACUACGCUCGAGGCACGACCUGUGGAGCGACAAAUCGAGGCACGUUCCACAGACGAUGGCAUGGGCUCCAUGGUGCGUUGUCUGCUGUUUGCCAAGACCUACAUAACCAAUGUCAAUAUAACAUCGCCGACGCUGUGGUCGGCCACCAAUGCCAGCACCGUGUCCGUAUUUCUAUUGCAUUUGCCACCAACACAGACAGCCGCAACAGCCCAGCCUUCGGUAAGUGGCAGUUCCACGCCACAGCUGCCACGUCGCAUAUCCGCACAGCUGGCCAAGGAGAUUCAGCUGAAGCAUCGUGCGCCAGUUGUUGGCAUUUCCAUAUUCGAUCAGACUGGCAGUCCUGUCGAUCAGUUUGGCAGCGGCGUCAAUGGCGUGCCACCACAUCGUCUCCUGAUCGCCUCGGAGGAACAGUUCAAGGUGUUCUCGCUACCACAACUGAAGCCCAUCAAUAAGUACAAGCUGACGGCGAAUGAGGGCGCCCGCAUACGACGCAUACAUUUCGGCUCCUUCAGCUGCCGUGUGCCGCACGAGCUGCUGCAAAGCCUACAAGGCAGCAGUCCGACAAAGUCGACGCGUUCACAUGACGCUGGCGAUGCCAAUACAAGCCUAGCCUCGGCAGCAGGGGCCGGUGAGUUGUAUCGGGAAAUGGCGUUGAUUUGUCUCACCAACAUGGGCGACAUAAUGGUGCUGUCUGUGCCCGAGUUGAAGCGACAACUCAAUGUGGCAGCCGUGCGACGCGAGGAUAUCAACGGCAUUUCAUCUUUGUGCUUUACCAAUGCCGGUGAAGCUCUCUACAUGAUGUCCUCAUCGGAAUUGCAACGCCUUGCUCUAGCCACCUCAAAGGUGGUGCAACCUAUGGGCGGUGUUGAGGUCGAACCCCUUCAGAAUGAAGAGUUGGAGGCGACGCUGCAGUCUAACGAAGAUGAGGACAGCGAUAAGGAGGGCGAAACGAAUGAAGGGGCAGCCAGUACUGGUGCCGCCGUAUCAGAAGCCCCGGUGCCGAAAGAGCGUGCCAAAACGCUAGAGCUCACCAUAGAUAGCAAUGGACCGAUUUUAACAAACGGCAUUGGCAGUGGCAAUUCGCCAAAUAGGGCCAAUGAGACCAUUACCAGCUCAAUAGGUGACAUAACCGUGGAUUCGGUGCGCGAUCAUUUAAAUACCACUACAACAACGUUGUGUUCCACGACUACAGAGGAGACUGUGGGUCGUCUGUCGGUGCUCAGCACACAAACCAAUCAAACACACACCAGCGUCAAUAUGAAGGACAUACCUGACUUUAAUAUACCCAAUUUGAUGGAUCUGGCGCCAAAGAGCAAUACCACCGAAACCAGCACCAGUUCUGUGGUCAUCAAAUCCGUCAUAACGAGCAUCUCACACGAAAAGACAAACGGCGAAAGUGAACCCGUAACGACCAAGACGACAACGCAUGAGGAGAGCCAAUUUUAAAGAAACAAAACUAAAACAUAUCACCACACAAACCGAUUUUAGUUUAUGCACCUAUAUAUGUAGAUAUAUAUAAAAAUCAUUUACUAUUACUAUUGGCAUGCAAAUUUGUGUGGCGCGCACUAAAAAAAAUAAUCAAAAAUAUCAAUUCAAUCUAAUUGCAUGUCACUGUUCUGUUCUUCGCUAAAUUGCAAUUUAUAAUAUGUUUAAGUUUUCGUUUUAAGUAACACACAGAUACACACACAUACAUAUUUAGUUGAAUGUAAACUUCUUCGUGUACCCAUACAUAUGUAUUUAUGUAAUUUUGUUUGCAUUAUUGACAAAAAAUCGCUAAACAUUUUGUAUUUUCCACCCAACCACCACCACAACCCCAUUAGAGAGUACAACAAUAUACAAAAGCAUUUGCCUUACAUAUACUUAUAUAUAAAGAAUUUUUACAACGGUUUUUAUACAAGUAUUAAACAAGCAGAUCAUAUAAAAUAUACAAACAUAUUUUUUACACAGGUAUUAACAUACCGUAUACUUAUAUUUUUUAUAUACGACAAUCGCGCGUUUUUCCGACCAGCUAAAUUCGUUUUUGGCAACGUUUAUUUUUGUAAACUGUUAAAACAUUGUUAAUUGUUUAAGAUACAAUAAAUGAAAUGAGGAUCUGUGUUUUUGUAAA